AUGGAGGGGGUCCUGCAUACGUUGCUGGAAAUUAUUCUGUGUCACCCCUCCGGUGCGCAAGAGCCCCUCGGGUUCUUGCGUGUCUAUAAGCAGAUACCCUGGCUUGGAAUAGAAUUGCAAAAGGCUUCAGUCCGAGCUGCCCAGGCUACUGGGCCUUUCGAGCCCCCAGAGCUCCAAGCCCUGAAGCAAUUCAAGCAGCAAGGCUGUAACGUUGUUCCCGAGCUUCUUGGAUUUCAGUCUAAGAAGCAGGAUCGGGGAGAUAUCAUACCGGGCGGAUUUGUCACAUAUGCGAUAUGGAAGAAGGUGCCUGGCGAGCCUUUGGAUUUCACCCGGUUCUGGAAUUGCACUUUCUCGUAG